GCCGCUGCCGCCUCACCAUAGCCCCUCCCCUUUGAAUGCAGAGUAACAAAGCCCAGUUAACCGCGCUUUGAGGAAAACCUGACUGGAAACACCUCGGCAUCCAGCCGCCCCCCUUCCCACACCGCAGCGCCGGGGGGGCGGACCCGCCGCCUGCGCAGACGCUCCCGCGGGUCCGGGAGGUGCCGCAUCUGCCGCUGCCGCCCGGGGCCGUGUCCGCGCCCGGGAAAAGGGGAGAGAAAGGACACCGGGAGGAAGAGAACCCCCUCACCUGCAUCCGCCCAAACCAGCUGAGCGGGGCAGUGGGAAGAUGGGAUUGACAAACCAUGAAGGAAUAAUGAGGGAAUCCUGAAGCAGUAACAGUGUUUGCUCCUGGACUCUGCCCAAGGGGACUGUUUGCAUAUCAGUGCUCUUAACCAGAUUGUUUGUGUUUUGGGACUUGAAGAGCAAGGGAGGAGAAGCUUCCUUCUGCAAUGACUGAUCUAGGGAAGAGGGUUGUGUACUUUGUUUUGGUUUUAACCUUCCACUCCCUUUUCCUUGGAAACUUCCUGUGAAUACAUGGACCUUGUCCCUCCAAGGCAAGGCAGCUGCUCUUCUCUGGUAUUACAGCCAACAUUGCCAAUCUCUUCAUCAUGGGACCAUGGAAGGAACAGAGAUGUCACCAAGUGUUAACUCAGAGGAGAGCAGUGUGUUGGACCUUCCGUCUGUUUGUGACCUGGCAGAGCUCUUUGUGCCUCCACGCAGCACUGAAAACACUGAGGAACUUUAUCGUUCUGUGGAUGCUUUUCCCUCUCUGCCCACAGGAGAGAGCAAUCUAUCAUCUGCAGUUCCUGCAGGCUUUUCUGCUGAAGGCUCUGAGAAAGCAAACGUGAGAUGUUAUCCAAAAGCAGGGCUGUGUGAGCCCAUGGAACCUGAUGGUGCCGCGCUCUCGUGGAUGUACGAACGUGACAGUGCUGAAGACCCCAGCAUCAGGAAAUCUCUUGAUGACUUCUACAAGAUGUAUUGCAAAAAACAGCCAGGGAGAAUGGAUCCAACUUACGAGGCUGCAUCACGGUGUCUGUCACGGAAGAUUUCGGAGCUGGCAAACCGGGAUGGAAGUAAAUAUGCAUCACGUUGCCUGCAAAUGGCACAGUUGGUCUUGAACAGAGACGGGUGCAAGAUCUUUCCAAACCACCCCCCUUCUGCCUGUUUUUCGAAGCCAGCUGAAGGAGAAGUCUUGUUGGAAGACAGAAAGAGAACACCUGGGCUCUCAGAUGACAUCCUCCAAUUCCUCUUGAAACAAACACAGGCAGAACAUAGCCCUGAUGUGUCACACGAGAAGUGAGCAAGACAGUGGUUUGUUUCUGUCAUUGGAGCUUUGCUUUCACUCUAAAAAGAGGUGACUUCCUUAGAAAGACACUCUUCUCCUGGCAUCACCUUCAACACCAGACACUCCAUGGAGGGAUUCACCUGGAUCAGACUUUGCCACCUUGUUCUCUGCGGGGCAGCACUGCACAAGGAGCACUUGUGGUCCCCAUGUAACUGCUUGGGACGUGUCACUAAUUGGGAUGGGUGAUGCAGUGUUUGUUGCUGGGACAUCAAACAUGAUAAUUUAAAUCUGCCAGGCUUUUAAACUGACCUGCAUUUCUACCCCAGCUGAGUCGUGGCCCUGCCCAAAUUCAGCCUCUGUGUAGGCAUGGAUGUCCAAGUGCUGUUGAUUAGAACAGACUGUUUGAAUGAACUUGGCAUGGUAUGCCCCAGACCUAGAGAGAGAAGCUUAACAUUUUAUUCUGUUCCUGGCUGAUACUGUAACAUGUA